AUGAAAAAUUCUUCUCUGGAUACAUUCCUUUUUACUUCUUCAGAGCCAGCCAAGACAAUAGAUUGGGACACCCGGUUUAACAUAGCCUUUGGAACUGCAAAGGGUAUUGCCUACUUGCAUGAGGAGUGGAGGGAUUGUAUCGUUCAUUGUGAUAUUAAACCAGAGAAUAUACUCUUAGAUGAAAAUUUCAAUGCCAAGGUCUCUGAUUUUGGGCUCUACAAACUCAUACAUACCAGAGCUCAUCGGAACCUAUCAUUGAGCAGUGUUCGAGGAACCAGAGGAUAUUUGGCUCCAGAAUGGCUUGCCAAUUUACCCAUUACAUCCAACUCUGAUGUCUACAGUUAUGGCAUGGUUCUGCUGGAGAUUGUGCAGCCCUCUCAGCGGCCAUCUAUGGGGAAAGUUGUCCAAAUGCUAGAGGGGGUUUUGCCCAUGGAAAAACCCCCUGCUCCUAAACAUUUGGAGAGUCUUCAAAACGAUUCCAGCAGCAACACUAGCCAAACUGCAACCUCAAUGCUUACAAGUUUUGAUCCUCAGACACCCACUUUCUCUGUAAAUGGUGUCCUGCCUGCAAACUCUUCUAUAUGUUUGGCAGAGACACUCUCUGGUGGUAGGGACUCACAGGAGGCCGAGCUAGGGUUUCACAGCCCUAGCUCACAAGUGGCUCUGGUGCAGGUUUGUGCAAGGGAGGGCAGUGCAGGGUGUCAGGGGAGAACAGUGGCGAAAGGUGCUGGCAGGGUUCGACAGUGGGUGUGGUUGUGGUUGCUGGGAGGGGUGGAGGCUGAGUGGGGAUGGGGCUCUGGCUUGUUGCGGCCCGUGGCAUUCCCGUUUGAGGUUUGGGAGUGUUGGCAACUCUCGCAUGGUGAAGAUUAA